CACCUGCCCCGGGACCGCAGAUCUGGGAAUAUCACACACACCUCUGUCGCUUUUACCCCCCUCCGUUUCCGUCGGGAAUCAGGUGGAAACGGAUUAUCGGACUUGUUUCGGCAUUUUAAGGAAGGAGUGGCUGUUUCUGCGGCGCUUUUUCCAAGUUGUUCCUCGAGCAGGACGGUGGAGACGGUCCGCCUGCUCGGGAGGGGAUUACAGAAGGAAACCUGCCACUCGGAGAUGAAGACACAUCAUCCGGACGCUCCUCAGCGGGACGAUGGACGCACAGCGAGUGGAGCUGGACUGUAACCGGUGCCUUCAUGGAGCCCUGAGACGCAGGGCAGAGAGCAGGUAAAUGGAGUUGCCGGAGCGGAGCCGCUCGCCUUCCCGCAGGACCAGCCGGGUGGAGCAGGUGGUGGGACGAUGGCUGAGACGCUCGCGGGACCUGGGCAGCAGGUCCCACUCUCUGGGCAGAGAUCGUUUUUCAGCAGAUGGGAGGCAAGCAGACUCCAGCAGCUGCGAUCAGAGGAACUACCCGUUCCGCUUCAACGUUCAGAUCCAAAGAGACCCAAACCUCAACUCUCACGGCCUCACACUUUCCUCUCAGACUCCCAUCGUGGUGGAGGAGGUCGCCCAAGGUGGUCCUGCAGAUGGUCGGCUCGCCCCUGGAGACCGGCUGGUGAAGAUCAAUAACGUUGCCGUCGAUGACCUGACCCCAGAGCAAGCUGCUGAAAUAAUCAGGGAGUGCCAGGAGACGCUGAGUAUGACCGUCCUCAGAAUAAUGUUGGGCCCAAAGUCUUCGUUCAUAACACCAGAGAAGAGGGCGAAGCUCAGGUCCAACCCCGUCAAAGUCCACUUUGCGGAGGAGGUGGAGGUCAAUGGACACUCUCAGGGCAACUCGCUGCUCUUCCUGCCCAACGUCUUGAAGGUGUAUCUGGAGAAUGGGCAGACCAAGGCCUUUAAGUUUGAGCCCAACACCACAGUCAAGGACAUUGUGAUGACUCUGAAGGAAAAGCUUUCUCUGAGCCGUAUUGAACACUUCUCCCUGGUGCUGGAGCAGCAGCACAGCAGCAACAAGCUACUGCUGCUGCAUGAUGAGGAGAGGAUACUGCAGGUGGUGCAGAAGAAAGAGGUUCAUGCCUACAGGUGUCUGUUCCGCGUUUGUUUCAUGCCCAGAGACCUCCGGAAGAUGCUGCAGGAGGAUGCAACUGCCUUUGAGUACCUCUACCUGCAGGGUGUGAAUGAUGUGCUGCAGGAGCGCUACGCAGUGGAGAUGAGGUGUAACACUGCUCUGCGACUUGCUGCGCUGCACAUUCAGGAGAGGCUGGUGAGCUGUGGACAGUCCCCCAAAGCCAACUUAAAGAUGAUCACGAAGACUUGGGGCAUAGAGAACUUUGUGUCUUCCACAUUGCUAAGAAACAUGCGUGAGAAAGAUCUGAGGAAGGCCAUCGGCUACCACAUGAAGAAAUGCCAAUCACAGCACGAUGCCAAGCAGAAGGGCCUGUCAGUCGAUCAAGCACGGAUCAACUACCUGGAGGAGCUGAGUGAGCUCAAGUUCUUUGGAGGGAAAUCCUUUGGUGCCACUUUGAUGCUCCAGGACAGGGAGUCUAUGGUGACCCUGUUGGUAGGAGCGCGCUACGGGGUGAGCCAGGUGGUCAACCACAAGCUGAGCAUCACGACCACCCUCACAGAGUUCACCAGCAUCACACGCAUCGAGCUGCUGCCUGAAUCCGACAAGGUCAGCCUGGUCAAAGUGUACCUGCAGGACAUCAAGCCCAUCACUUUACUGCUGGAGGCAGCUGCAGCGAAGGAUAUGUCCUGCUUGAUAGCAGGGUACUGCCGUGUGUUUAUCGACCCCGAUCUCAACGUCUUUCCCUGGAUAGAUGACAAGAGGCACAGAGUCUCUGCUGAGGAAGGUUACGUGUCUCGACGUGCGAGUGACACGGAAGACUCUUCAGACUUGGACAUGGAGCCGCUGCUCGACCUGGCGCCUCGGGAUGAGAAGCCCUGCCCUCGAGUCAGGUCUUCAUCAGACCCAGAUGGAAGGAAAAAAAAAGAAAGAAGGCGCAUGAGAAGUACAGAUGGUAAAGAAAAGGGAAGCAAACCCUGGGAGGAUAAAAAGCUAAAAGGAGACAGAGAAAAGGAAAUGUCUUCAUUAGAUAAAAAUCAGGGAGGCGAGAAUAAAGACACGGUGCACAUGGAGGAAAUUGACAGAAAGCAGGACGUGGGACAAAUACAACCUGACAUAACAGACAUUGAUUCACUGGUUGGACAAAAACAGAUGUCUGGAGGUGGAGAAGAGUUGCGAGCAGCCGAGGAGCAGCCAUCAGUUUCAGAGGCAUCAGAUUCGUAUCAGACUGACUCUCGCGUCAUCACCAGCCCCUCCAGUGACUCUCUUGAUGCCCUGGAGGAAGAUGACCUUAUUUCGUGCUCCUCCCAUCGGCUUCACCUACACUUGGACAGGCAUGCUCAGCCUCACCUCCUCGCACCUCCUCCAGCUCACUCCCAUCCAUUCAUCCACCUAACAACUGUCAACAAAGGGGGAGGAGGUUGCAGGAGGUCAGGUGAUGGAGCUGAUCCCCACUUCCUCACAACCGCCUCCACCCAAAAGUGUUCAAGUAGCCGCUCCUCAGAGGACAGCUCAAUGUGUUUUGCUGAGCUCUCUUGCCUCGAUGACCUGCCAAGUCCUCCUGAAGCCAGCGAGGAAGAUGACGAUGAAGAAGAAGAGCUAAAUAGGAGAAUUAAGCUUCAGGAAGAACUAAGUCUGAAACUGAGGAAUGCAAGUGAUGGAGGAAGUGCAGGAACACGGGUCAAACUGCGUUCACUAUCUCCUUCCCCCUCAUCCCCCUCCUCCCACAUGGAUACGGUGUUUAACUUUGACCAAAGAGACACUCGCUGCUACUACAACCUCUGCUCCAACAUCACCCCCGACAGCGCUCGCAGCCUUGUACAUCCCAGGGAAGCAUGGGAGGAGGAGGGAGAGGAGGGGAAGGCUGAACACACGGAGUCCAUCCCCAUCCUGCAGCCGCCUCCCGGCUUUGGAGACAGCAGCUCCGACGAGGAGUUCUUUGAUGCCAGAGACCGCCUGAACUCACCCGACGAUCCGACCUCAGGCACAGUGCCAAGAGAUUUAUGCACAGAAAUGAAGCUGGACAUCCUCAGCAGGCUCAGCCUCAGCGAUAUCAGAGUCGCUGUGAUGGAUGCGGAAGAAGAAGGGGAAGAAGGAAAGGAUAGAAAACAGGGAGACAAGGCAGAAGGUGGCAGAGAGACAUUGUUCCACCUCAGAAAAAGAUCCCGAAAGCGACGUUCUUACAUGGAAACAGAUUACACCUCCAGGGUAUCAUAUCCAGGAUCUGAUCAGGAAUCAAAGCACAACUUGGCCUCCAAUAGACUUCUUAAGAGCCUUUUGGCAGAAACUAGCAAUGCCCAGCUGCUCAGUUCAGAACCUGAGCCCUCGGGGCAAACCCAUAGUAUCAGCCCCACUGUCUCCUCAUUCACUCACUCUGAAGGAGAACCUGCUGAACUCGAGUCAAAACCCAUCCUUUCAAAACCCCGCUCACAUGGACCAGGCUCUCUUUCUGCCUUUGAGCACAACAUAGAAUCGAAUGCCCACUCCAGGACCAGGAAACAGGAAAUGGAGAUGGAACCUGAUGCAAUGGAAUCCAAGUCUGUGACAGAUCUAGCAAGGGCCCCAUCUCCUACAAUCACUGUUGUCCGCUGCCGGGUUGAUCCAGACGGGAAGGAGAGUGCAGAUCGUAGGUGUGAUGGGGAGGAGGAAGGGGAAGAACAGAAGGAGAUGGGUAAGGGGAAAGAGGAGAAGAAAGAAGAGUCAAACAGCGUGACAGGAAGUGGGCCUUUCACCAGUCAUAUGUUUUUACCUGAUUCGAUUGAGAAGCGGAAGGAAGAGGAAGAAAAGACAGAAAGGAUGGAAGGAGUAGCAUCCAGCUUGAAGAGACCUCUAGUGGGAGUUCAAAUGCCACAAGAAGAAAACACACCCCAAGUGAAUAAAAAUGAUGUUCCAGAGUGUUCAGGUUCCAGUCUGACACAGAUAAACACACAUGUGGAUGAAAGUUUCCCUCUGUCCUAUUCACCUCCACCCCCUCCACCAUCAAGUCCUCUGCCCCAGCUACCCACCGUGCACAAAUCAGGAACGGGUUGUUUGGUGAAAGAGGGAGGAAACUCCAAAAAUAUGGAAACUUCGAACAAAAGGACUGUUAUAAACGAUGAGAAACAAAGUGCGGCCCUCAAUCCAGAAAGGGCUAAUCACACCAAUGAAGCGGCGUCACCGGUCACCGUCACAGUGACGAACUGUGACGAAGUCCCUGUUGUCCUCGACUACUCGCUCACCAUUAGCGACGAAGUUACAGACAGCACAAACUCAGACAAUGUUUUUGAUGAUGAUGAUGACGAUGACGAUGGUGAUGUGGCUAACUCCUUCAGUCAUGGUUCAGGUGAUAAAAACAAAGCCAGCAGUAUAACCGCCAAGUGUAACAUCAGCGAAGAUUCAACCACAGCAGUUAAAGAUGGAACACAAAUCGCUGUUAAGCCUCUCCCACUUUCUGAAGAUCAAACAAGAACUCAAUCGGUUAAGGUUGAUUACACUGCUAUAAACUCUAUCACGGCAAAGCUCGGGGCGGUGACUAGCGCCACAUCCCCAACUUUUAAUUCAGGCAGUUGUCUGAAAGGGGAAGUCUCACUUCCAAAUGCCCCAUGCUCCGUUACAAACACGGGUAAACCCAAAGCUGACCCCACCAUCGCAGGUGCUGAACCUAAAGGGAGUUUCACUAGUCCUAGCUUCAUGACGGCUAAAACCACUUCCAUAUAUGACCUCUCCAAGGAGCCAUCUCCUCCAGCUCACUUCCUCUUCCAGACCUGUUCUCCAACCUUCAUGGGCCGUUUAUCUGCUUCAACACUUAGGGGGAAGAUUCAAAAUUUGCCCCUUUAUUUAUCACGUUCUCAAGACAGUUUAAAUCGAAUUGGGGACGGGAGUUCAGCCCAGAGUUCUGCGCAGGUCAAGCCUAGAGAUGACACAGAUGUCACCAUCAAAGUAACAGAUGUUGAUGAUGUCACACAAACUCUUGUUUUCGAGGCUGAAACAGUCGGUGAAUCAGCUGAGUCUGACGACUCAGACGCAACGCUCACGGGAUCCGAACUGGAUGCUGAGUUUUUUCUAGAAACAACCUCAGCUAGCAGUGUUCCUUCAGGGUCAGAGUUGAAAGAAGUAAGCUUUGGGAUGCCUGUCCAGACUGAGCCCAAACCCCAGCAUCCAAGUCAGUCUCUGUACUUCGGACCCGUUCAGAACACACCGGGACCAGUGACAGAACCUCCAGCCUCUAUUAUAAGCCUCCUCCAAAGAGAUAUGAACGGUUUACAGAUAGAUACUCCUGGACCUCUAAAAGAUUCUCCAAAACCAAAUAUAAAGGUUAACAGUUCAGAGGAAGAUAUUCCAGGUUAUAAAGCGGGCAGUCAAUCAUGUUCCAUUCCAUCUGCAAUUGUGGUCACCACUCAGAAUCUGAACGGGCCAGGACUUGCUUUUCAUGGUCAGUCCCAAAGAGUAAAACGGACCAGUAGUGUCAGGCCUUUAAUCGGUCUUUGUAGACCUUCAGAGGAAAACUCAGACUCAUCAAAAGCACCUUCCGCAGGCUGCAAAAUCUUUACAAUCUGUGAGGAACCUUCCGAGACAAAGACCCCGGCCGAGGUGGAGUCUGCACCACCCUUGAAGUCUGAGUUUGCUUGCGACGCUGUGCUUGUAUCUGGGUGUGAGACGGUUGCAGAGAGUGUGCAGGUGCCUCUGGAUGCCUGCGGAUGUCCAGCAGUUUAUACAAACUGCUUCAGAGGGGAGGAUAGCUUUGACGAUGAGCUGACAGUCUACGAGUUCUCCUGUCGUGCGCAGGGCAGUGGCUUAGCGCAGGCUGCCGGAGUAAGUCUUCCUGUCAUGACAUCUCCCCCCGUUACCUCUUUUCUCUCCACUUCAUCUGUCCACUCCCCCUCCUUUCCACACUCAAUCCUUUACUCUUCCUCUACCUCUGAGCUCAGCCCUCUCCUCUCGCCUCUGUCAGAAACCUCCGACUCUGACUAUGUGUCUCAGACGCACAAGGACACAAUAAGCGAUCUUGGUCAGCGCCGCUACCCUGAACCUCCUGCAGGUUUCCAAGUUCUCCGCAAGGAUGUGGACAAGCUGCUUUCUAUUUUGGAAAGUAGUGGUCUGGACCGAUCUGCGAAAGUUCAUGGAGGACGUCAUCUGAGGGACACCUGCCCUGCACACUUUACAGAGAACAAGAGGGUGCUCCAGAUGGAGGCCCGGAAACUGAUGUCAUGCUGCCAGAAGGUGGUGGGCACUGGACAGAGCCCAGAGGAAAUGCUUCAGUUUUUGGCUGACAGUUUCCGGACCCUUGUGGAGCUGGCAGGUGUCUGCCUCUGGUUCUCUGGUUGCGACAGAUGUGACCGGAGGAACGCAGAGGCAGUUACAGGCCUGGCAGAUGUGGCCCGCUCAUUCAGGGACUUCUGUCUGGCAGCGGAGCGAGCCAGCAGCAAACGCAGCUGCCAGGACCUGAGCACCAAGCUACUGGCCAAACAGUGCACAGCGCUCACCGCGUCCGUCUUCUGCCUCACUCAGCUGUUUCGCACCCUCACUGCACUAUGAGUGGAGCACAACCUGCGAAGGCUCCAUCCACACUGUGUCAUCGGUGGGCCUACGGCUGCUGCAGAUGUGGCUGAACCUUGAGCUGUGACACCCUUGAUGCGUGUACACGUGGGAACCCAGUUUACAGCCUAAAUAACCACAAGAACAAAUCAUAGAGCCGGUUAUCAGGGAUGAGAUCAGACAGAGGUGCCUGUGCUGAUUGACUUCAUGCUGCACGAGAACUGUCGCCCACAAAGCUGACAGUCGGUCAGACUGUAGAAAGGCACAAGCUGCAACAGCAGAGUCCAUAGUACCGAGGCAAUGGUGUACUUGAAUGUAUUCUUUAUCUAUUAAUUUAUUUACUUAUAUAAUCAAUGACAGUGGGAAAACAAGGAAUGUCAAGAGAGGAGGACAUUUGGAAAUGUUUACAGACAGCUUUAUACAGACCCGCAGCAGUGUUCUCGAGUUCACAAACAUGUUCACACAACAAAUAUGCAAAGUAAAUGUUGGGCUCAGCUGACUGUUUUACAGUGACGUAACUCUCCGUUUUCCCUGAUCUUCUGAGAAGAACUUUGCAGUUUACUAAUGCUUAAAUACUGUAUUUUACCUUUGUCCAGGUUGCAGGUGAGGAGUUCUUUUUUUUUUCUUUUUUUUUUUUCGAAUGUUACUGUUUACAAAACCAAAAAGCUAGCUUUGAGAAGUGAUUUGAUCCAAUCAAGCCUAAAGCUGUUUGCCAUUUUAUAAACCUAGUAGUGGAAUGCUGAUGUAUGUGCAUUAUGUGAUUUUAUGAAAUAACUGGAUGAGCAACAUUCAGUUUGGUGCAGUUUUGCACACAGAUUUGGUAUCCAUUCAUUCACUGAUGUGUGCUUAUCUGGGACAUGUUUGUUUUGAUUUAUGGAAAUAUCAGAUAUAGUUCUUCUCUCAUUUUUCAUCGCUCUCUUAUUCCACCUGCAGUUAAAAAGACUGAACCCGCUUGUGCACGGUGAUGUCAGUGAUGGUGUUGUCCGUACACUUACUUUCUUAGCAGAACAAACAAAAGCUGUUGGGACAGAAAUCUUUAGUUAAUAGGAGAUGACCAAUAUCCUGUGGGGAGGACAAGUAUGUGAACCCAUGAGAAUUAUCUGGGUUUCUGCAUUAAUUUACCAUAAAAUGUGAUCUGAUCUUUACCUAAAUAACAAUAAUGGACAAACACACUGCUUAUCACACAAACACAUAAAACAUACCCUAUUAAAAAAAAAAACCCUUUACAACAAGAGAGUAGUUCACACCAGACAUUCUACAAAUAUGUCUAAUCUGAAGCAGGUAUAGAGGAAUGGUCAAAAACUCACCCUGAACGUUGUGCAGCUCUGUAAGCAGUUGGUUCCUGGAUCAGACUUUUUAAUAAUAAUAAUUCAUUUUAUUUCGAGGCGCCUUUCAUGUCACCCAAGGUCACCUUACAGGAUAAAAACAAGAAAUACAAUUAAAAAUACAAUAAAACAUCCGUAAAAGCAGCAAUAGACAGUAUACAAAUAACACAACAAUAGAUAAACAGGGUUUAUAUUUAUAUUAUAUUAUUAGGUUGCCGUGUUUGACGUAGGAUUUACAGGAUUGAUGUAGGAUUCAAGCAACUCUAUCCACAUUCUCUGCCAU